CAUUUCAUUUCAAUUUCAUUCAGUGAAAAAAAUUUUGAAAUGAAAACCUCGAAAUGUCUCUCUCUCUCUCUCUCUCUCUCUCUUCCUUCCUUCUGUUCUGUGAAAUUGUAAAUAUGUGCUUUGCUUCAAUGCAAUUAAGAGAGAGAAAGCGCGGGGGAUGAAAUCAGCGUAGAGCGUAGCGGAGGGCUUACCAUACCAUACUGUAGUGGCGGAUGCUUCAAAAAAUAGAAGCCCUAGAUCGGUCUUCAACCUUCCCGCCAAAAGCAAUCUCUUCGGACCUCCAGCCGGCCUUGCCUCCGAUCUACACGGCCUCGAUCUUUCAUCUCGUUUUCCAGUGCCGUUUGUCAGAUUUACCUCCAUUUUUCUUGCUUAUCCUCGUCAGAUGUCCAUGGCAGGUCUUCUGAACUUCUUCUGAAGCCGGCUUGGCUGAUAGCUUAGUGUGGCUGCUUGGUUUGCCUUGUCUGUGGUUUUCAUCUCGUAACACUUUAACUCGAGGCGCUCGUCCGGUUCCCGUCUUCAGUUGCUUAUCUGGAGCGCGAGGAUCUGAACUGGUUUAGGCUGAGUUUUUUGAUGUGUAGCCUGUAUUUGAAUGUUGAGACAUGAAGUGCUGCUGCUUUAAUCGCCCCCGUUCUGCUCUGGGAGGUUAUGGAGUUCACAGGCGGGUUUGAGGAGUCUUUUAUGGAAUUUGGGGGAUUGAAUGCUGAUGUGGAUUUGGGUGAGACUUAUUCUUGGGACGAGGUGAAGAGCAUGGGCCAGGAGUUGGAUGAAAGUAAGAUGUGUGUCGAAGACCAGGAUUCCCUUCCAUUCGACUCGAGAAAGGGGGUCAUUACUUCCGCUGGUGGUGAUAAUCUUUGUGAUGAGGGCGAUGCUAAGAGUGAAGUGUUGGAGGCAGAUAUUGAUAAGAAAUGCAACAGCCCCUCAAAGAGAGUGCACAAUGAAAUCAGUGAGGAGUAUUUAGUCAGCUCGGUUCCGAAAAGGAAGAAGAAUGUAGCGAGUUCCCCUGAUGAUGAGUUUGUGAGUGUGGUGGCCGAUUCAGAGGGAGGGAACAUGAGGAGGGACGAUGAUGUCAUCUUGUUGGAUCCGGAAGUUUAUAGGAAAGAGGUUCGCCGUCCUAGGAAGAGAGACCCCUUUUGCAGAAUGCUCGACUGGCUAAAUGGUGUUGCAAAAGACCCUUGUCAUCCUGCAGUUGGCUCUUUGCCCGAAAGGUCAAAGUGGAAAUCUCAAGGGAGUGAAGAGCUGUGGAAGCAAGUGUUGUUGGCUCGGGAGGCUAUUUCAAUCAAAAGACAUGACGAUGUAGCCAGUGAACCUCCAAAUUGGCAGAAAAUUCAGAAGAUGCAUCCGGUGAUGUAUGAGGUUCAUUAUGGAUCCAGCUACAAAUUUAGAGACAGGUCAAGAGGCAAGGCUAGGUCCUCUUCCGGGAAAGGGCUAUCUCCUGGCCAAGCCUGUUCUGACUCAUUCUCUUCGGGCACUCAAAGUAACUUGGAGAAAAGUCCCGAUCCACACAUGGCAAGGACAGAGGAUCACGGAGAUGGCAACAUAACUUCUGAUUACUCCACUGCAGAUUCAUUCUUUUGCAUGCGUGCCCAACAGAAAGUUCCUGUUGGCCCCCAAUUUCAAGCUAAAGUACCGGAAUGGGAUGAAGUGACUUCUGAAAGUGACUCCAAAUGGUCAGGGACUCGUAUCUGGCCACUGGAGAAAACUGAACACAGAAGUCUUAUUGAAAGAGAUCCAAUUGGGAAGGGAAGGCAAGAUUCAUGUGGUUGUCAAAUCCAAGGUUCGGCAGAAUGCAUAAGGUUUCACAUUGCUGAGAAAAGAAUGAAACUAAAACUUGAACUUGGUUCAGCAUUCUUCCGCUUGAAACUAGAUAAGAUGGGUGAGGAGGUGGAACUCUCUUGGACGGAGGAAGAACAGAACAGAUUUGCUGUCAUAGUGAAGUCCAACCCCCAGUCACAGUAUAAGUGCUUCUGGGAUCAUAUGUUCAAAGCUUUCCGCAACAAGAGCAGAGAGGAAUUAGUUAGCUACUAUUUCAAUGUCUUUCUUCUAAAGCGGAGGGCAUACCAGAAUAGAUUUACUCGAGACAGCAUUGACAGUGAUGAUGAUGAAUCUGAAACUAAUUUUGCUGCGAAAAGGGUUGAUAAACAGGAAAUCAAGCCUUCAAGCUCCAUCUUUUAUUCUCCUACAAAGCCAAAUGCAAAAUUUAGAUAGGAGCUUGGUCAGAAGGUAGCGAGUGCUUUUUCCAAGACGUGUAAAUUCUGGGCCUCCUUGCGAGUCGUAAUUUUGUUGCCGUUUCAUUCUGGAGAACAAGAAGUUUGAUUUUGAGCUCUUGGGUACAGAUAUUAUCACUCGAAAAUCUGGACAUUACUGGGCAACUUGACUGCCUAUUGGAAGGUAUAGUUGAUUUCAUCAUUGGCGACAAAGUAGGUUUCAGAGGUUUUUGAUGCUGAUUACGGUGAUUUUGGUUUCUUCGGCUUUCUGUCUUUAACAUACUUGCUGUUGAUUAAUCUAAACUGCAGAAGACUGGGUACAGGUACCGUCAGUUAACUUUUGCACUCUUCAAUUAUCUCUCUUUAUAAGUACUUUAGAUUUUGGACCAGAGAAGAUAGCCCUUUUUAGAUUAUAGAUGCUUGAUGGUCAUUGUUGGAGUAAUUAAAUUGAAUUCUGCAGCUCAUUUGGUUUCAGUACUGCCAAUUCUUUAGAUCCU